ACUUCUACUUAACUUUUAAAAACUACAGUACUUACUUGCACAAUAUAAUUGGCCACUGUACCCAUCUGUAGUUUUGUUUUCCUGAUACAUAUUGUAUGAGAACACACAUUAGGUUAAAGCACAUGGACCCCUGCACUGUAAUGCGAUGCCCUGGAUUAGGAUCUGGUUUCAGGCCUGGUUUGGUUUCACACUUGUGGGUCGAUCUGGCUGUGACACUGUGCAGACUUCAUAACACAAAAUAGAUAACCAUCUCUCCACUGGGAAUAUACAAUCUUUUUAUUAUGAAGAAACAGGUGACUUUUGUUGAGAGCCUAACAAAAGACAAAGGGGUGCAAUGUGAAGAUAGACCAUUGACCAGGUCUUCUGAGAUCAGCAGUUACAUUUCAAAUGGUUGUGAGUUUGGACCUUAUCAGCGAGUGAGAAAGAAUGAUACUCCCAUCAGCAUCUUAUCAGGAAACAAACCAUUCUACUUUCCCAAAUACAUGACAACUGCACCUUUCCUACAGCACCCUAAUCUCACGGCCGGACAAAGGCGGUAUCUCCAAAGUAUCACCAACAUCUACAGCACUGAGCAGAUGAGGCGGCAGAUGAAGCAGCACUACCUCAAUGUUCUACACAGCUGUCUACAGUCAGGUCAGAUCCCAGUCAGCAGGAGGAGAUGUGGAGAUCUUCAGCUUAAACAAAAUCAGAAAUUCAGACAAGAAUCAUCAGAUAAAGAAGGGGCAAGAGCCAAGUCACAAGGAAGACGGAAGAGCAGCACAAUCACUCAUCCCAACAUUAGACUUCCCAAAAUAGUCAACCGAUGAUGACUUUAUAAAUUAAAGAUGCACUAUGCAACUUUUCUGGUGUUUCCAUGGAGAUGUCAUUGCUUUGUCUGUAUUGUUCCAUUAAUGU